CGCUCGUUGAUUAACCGUGACCCGAAGUUCUUGACCUAACUCGACUUUGAUUUCCAUCAUCAAUGUCUCUCUCAAUUCCGAUGCUGCUUUCCUUCUCUAAAACUUUAUCGUCCGAUAACCCAUUCUUCUGCUCUAGGUUCUCCCAACUCACCCUACACACCUCACCCGUUCCCCUCAAAACUACUAUAAUCCGCAUGGGCGGCGGGCCCAGAACGUACCCAGGCGGAGUAUCCAAGUGGCAAUGGAAGCGAAUGCAAGCGAAGAAAGCUAAACAGCUUCUAAAAGCUCGGCUCUGCCGCGAGAGACAAAUUUACGAAAUGCGAAAGAGAGCUGAGCUCAAGGCGGCGGUUUCGGAGCUCGAGCGCCCCUGGGAGGUGGUUGAGAGAGCACCGACGUUGUUCUCGGUUAAUGCGGAUGAGCAAGUGAAGGUCUUGGCUGACCGGUUUCAGAAACCCGGCGGAUUUGAUAUGUGGUCGGAGAGGGAUGGGCCUCAGUUGUUUGAGACCCCCGAUGGGAUCCCCUCCGCAAGGUUUUUUCCUAAAGGUGUUGUUCAUAGUGUCAGGCCUUAUGGUAAGAUUGCUGGGAAUGGUGAUUUUGAUAGUGGAGAAGAGGAUUCUGCUAUGGAAAGUGAAAGCGAAAGGGAAAAUGAAAAUGGAAAUAAAGAUAGAUAUGGUAUGGCUAUGGCAAGGAAUGGGUACAAAAGUAAUGCUUUGUCAGUCAAUGAGAAAUUUAGGAGGGGUGGUCUGCACACUGGAAGGAAGAAGGACUGUGUGGAUUCGUUGGCAAGGGAAGAUAAUUCAGAUUUAGAGAGUGGAUAUAACAAGAAUUCUACUGGAAAAUGGGGCAUGGAUAAGAAUACUAAAAGUAGAAAUGGUGGUGAAUUUAGGAAGCAGGGCAACAGAAGUAGAUUUAGGAGUGGUUUAGGUUCAUUAGAUUCAGGGCAAGUUGGUUUAGGUAGAAAGCAAAGAGGAAGUGGUGAUACUAAGACUAAUAGGAGUAAGAUUGAUGGUAGGAAUAGAAGUAAUGGGAGUAAUAGUUUGCGAAAUCCUAGAUAUUCUAAGUCUGAAGUUUGUGAUAUGAGUUUACAACAGGAUGGGAGUUAUGGGUUCCAAGCCAAAAGCAGGCAGAUCGAUUCUAAUUUUCAGGCUCCAGAGGUAUUUGAGUCGUUCUAGCUUUAAGUGCUGUCAGAAAAAUGGGACUAAUCGAAUGAAUAACAUUUGAGGCUAGCUAUUGAUGCUAUCAAAUUGUGAGAUGAGAAAGAACUGCGUUUCAUUAGUUCUGUGCUUAGCAUUUCAUGUAAGUGCAAGUUGUGAUGACUAGUGAGGAUAUCAUAUUUGGCAAUUGAUAUAAAUGAGGUGCCAACAAAUGGAAGAUGAUUAGGUAAUAGUUGUCAUUUCCCCAUGUAUAAACUAUAAACUGAUGUAUAUGUGUAUGUAUUAUGUGUUGUGUUCAAUUUAAUAAAACUGUAUAUUGAGCUGCAUAAA